AUGUACACAGAAAGAUCCAACAUGUUCUGCGACUCCCGGGUUAGAACACAAAAGAUGUACACUGAAAUAUCCGACACGUUCUGCGACUCCCGGGUUGGAACACAAAAGAUGUACACUGAAAGAUCUGAUACGUUCUGCGACUCCCUGGUCAGAGCACAAAAGAUGUACGCAGAAAGAUCCGACACUUUCUGCGACUCCCGGGUCAGAACACAAAAGAUGUACACUGAAAGAUCCGACAAAUUCUGCGACUCCCGGGUCAGAACACAAAAGAUGUACACUGAAAGAUCCGACAUGUUCUGCGACUCCCGGGUUAGAACACAAAAGUUGUACACUGAAAGAUCCAACACAUUCUGCGACUCCCGGGUUAGAACACAAAAGUUGUACACUGAAAGAUCCGACACAUUCUGCGAGUCCAGGGUUAGAACACAAAAAAUGUACACAGAAAGAUCCGACACGUUCUGUGACUCCUGGGUUAGAACACAAAAGAUGUACACUGAAAGAUCUGACACGUUUGCGACUCCCGGGUUAGAACACAAAAGUUGUACACUGAAAGAUCCGACACGUUCUGCGACUCCCGGGUUAGAACAUAAAAUUUGUACACUGAAAGAUCCAACACGUUCUGCGACUCCAGGGUUGGAACACAAAAGUUGUACACUGAAAGAUCCAACACCUUCUGCGACUCCCGGGGUGACCCACUAUUGA